AUGGCACCUACCAUGUCUGAACCUUCGCUCAUAGUCUUCGGGCCUCAGACAGAGCUCUCGUCUCGAGAUUCCAUCGACCAAUUGAGGCAGGAGCUUAACCAGAAUCCUCAACUAUCCUAUGUGUUUAAUGCCGCGAAGCACGGAGCCGAAUUGUGGAGACCCCUUGCCAACUUCGACCCCACCCUAAACCAUAUUCCAGGGGCCAAGCUGCUCGCUGAGCUCCAGGAGUGGGUUGUAGGAGACGGCCCUUUGCCCAGUUACAACUUCAACACAUUUCGUCUUCCGGUUACCGUUCUUCUCGAGAUCGCUCAGUAUUUCCGCUACUUGAAGCAUCUGAAUGUGGUCAGCCCUCAUCGCGUCCUCCUCGAGGGCGUUCAAACCGGUGGUAUCCUGGGAUUCUGUGUUGGAUUCCUCAGCGCAAUUGCAGUGGCUACCUCCGAGACCGAAGCUGAAAUUGCCUUCACAGCUGCCUCAGUCUUUCAUCUAGCUGUCAUUAUCGGUGCCUAUGUCGACAAUAACCAAUUUGGUACCCAAGGGACAAAGGUAGGCUGUAUUGCCGUUCGCUGGAAGGGAGAUGAAGUUCAUGAACAAGAUAUCUCUAAUAUUGUCAGCACUUUUCCAAAGGCGUAUACAUCAUGCACCAUCGAGGCCAAGUCCAUUACUGUCACUGCCAGUCUUUCUGAUAUACCCAGCCUGACUGAACAGCUGCGAGCACAUAGCUCCCAUGUGACCACUGUCAAUGUACAAGGAGCCUUUCACUCGGACAUCCAUACCGCUGCUGCGGAAAAGAUCAAGAAUUUUGCCGUGAACCAUCCAGAUCUGCAGUUGCCCAGUGUUGACAAGCUGCAAGCUCCACUCCGUUCUACCGUGGACGGUGAAAUCAUCACCAGCGGAUCCCUCCUCCAACACGCCCUCGAGAAUACUUUGCUGAAGCCGGCUGCGUGGUUCAAAACGGUGCAGGGAGCAGUUGCUCAGCUGGAAGAGGGUCACAAGACAGUUGCGUUUGCAGGAUUCGGGAGUCAUAUUCCGGCUUCGCUUGUCAGCGGUGCGGGUCUGUAUAUCUUGGAUCUAAAUAAGUCGACUGUGUCAAAUCUCAACGGAUUUCAUAAUGGGACAAGGAUAAACGGGACAACCAAGCCAGGAACCAGAGUUUCAGAUGCGCAAGACUCGGUGCCCUCUGAAUAUCCUCCCAAUUCCAUUGCUAUUGUCGGUAUGUCUGGCAGAUUCCCCGGAGCAGAUUCGUUAGAUGAACUUUGGGAACUGCUGCUAUCUGGCAAAUCAAUGGCCGAACCAGCCCCCGUUGAAAGAAUACAGUUACCUACAACAGGCGAGUACGCGAAUACAAAAUGGUGGGGCAAUUUCCUUCGCGACCCUGAUGCCUUCGAUCAUAAAUUCUUCAAGAAGUCUCAGCGAGAGGCCAUCGCCUGGGAUCCUCAGCAACGGAUCCUGCUCGAGGUUGUCUACGAAGCCCUAGAGUCCGCAGGAUACUUCCGCGCCGGCGUCAAGUCAGAGCUGGAUGACUACGGAUGCUACAUCGGUGCUGUCAUGAACAACUACUACGACAACAUGUCUUCCCAGCCUACAACAGCCUACGCCACCGUCGGAACUUCACGCUGCUUUAUCAGCGGCUGUGUUAGUCAUUUCUUCGGCUGGACUGGACCUUCCCUAACAAUCGACACGGCGUGCUCAUCCUCCCUCGUCGCGAUUAACACCGCCUGCAGAGCAAUAUGGUCUGGUGAGUGCUCCCAGGCCGUGGCAGGGGGCACGAAUGUGAUCACCAGUCCAUUCGAUUAUCGGAACCUCAAAGCCGCCGGGUUCCUUAGUCCUAGUGGACAGUGCAAGCCUUUUGAUUCUGAGGCAGAUGGGUACUGUCGUGGAGAGGGGGUUAGUGCGAUUGUUCUUAAGCCGCUGGAUGCUGCGUUGCAGGAGAAGGAUCAUAUCUUCGGCGUCAUUGUGGGCUCUGCAGCGAACCAGAAUCUGAAUUUGAGCCACAUUACCGUGCCUCACUCGGGAUCGCAGGUUAAGCUUUAUCAGAAUGUCAUGAGCCAGGCUGGGGUUCACCCACACUCAGUGACGUACGUUGAGGCUCACGGAACUGGCACCGGCGUGGGCGACCCAGUUGAGUGUAACAGCAUUGCUGAAGCAUUCGGCGGCGCUUCAAGAGAUAGCAUACUCCGCUUCGGCUCUAUCAAGGGUAAUAUUGGGCACACUGAAGCUACAGCCGGUAUUGCCGGGCUCGUCAAAGUCCUACUUAUGAUGGAGCAUGGAAAGAUCCCUCAGCAAGCCAGCCACAGGCAGCUAAAUCCGAAAAUUGCCUCAUUUUCAAACGCGCGAAUGGAAAUCCCGCGGAGUUUGCUGCCUUGGGAUGCCCCAUUCUUCCUGGCUUGUGUAAACAGUUACGGUGCUGCUGGAAGUAAUGCAGCUGUUAUGGUUCGUCAGGGGCCAUCCUCUAUGAUUAACCCGAUUGACGAUCUCGGUCAUUCCCCGAUUGGAACGAGAUAUCCUGUGUUUAUUUCUGCGGGCUCUUCGAGUAGUGCUCUUGCGUACUCAGAGAAACUUUAUACUUGGCUGGGAACGCUUGGAUCUGAGGCCCAGAUCUCUGAUGUGGUGUUCAAUAUAGCUGAUAGAGCAAACCACUCGCUCUCGCAUUUCAUUUCGACGAGUGUCGCCAGCAUCCGCGAGCUCAAGGACAAGCUGGCUACUCUCACGGUGACAGAGGUCCUACCGGGUCCGAAACCUAUAGUCCUUGUUUUUGGGGGCCAGGAAAGCGAGUCAAUCGGGCUGUCUGAACGACUCUACCAGUCUUCAACGUUGCUUCGAUACUACCUUGACGCUUGUAACGAGAUCUUGAUCUCUUCUGGCUUUGAGAGCAUAUACCCUGCAAUAUUCUCAAAGAAUCCAGUUGGGAACCUGACCACUCUGCACUCUGCGCUGUUUGCCAUCCAAUAUGCUUCUUCAAAAGCUUGGACUGACAGCGGGCUCAAGGUAAAUGCAGUCGUUGGCCACAGUUUCGGCCAACUCACAGCCCUUUGCGUCUCAGGUGUGCUAUCGCUCGCCGAUGCUCUCAAACUUAUAUGUGGAAGGGCGUCAAUCAUGGCGAAACAGUGGGGUCCCGAACCAGGAUCCAUGCUCUUCCUCCAAACGGAUAAGCAAACCGUUUUCAAACUUCUCAGUUCAGUCCACGGGAACGUCGAGAUUGCCUGCUAUAAUGGACCAAACAGCCAUGUCGUCGUUGGCUCUGCCAAGGAAAUCGACACCCUAGAGACCUUCCUCUCAGAGAACCCGUCCUUUGGAGGAGGCUCGAUUCGUACAAAAAGACUUCAGGUCACGAAUGGGUUUCACUCAAGAUUUACAGAGCCCUUGCUACCGCAUCUUACGGCUCUAUCCAGAGAAUUAAACUGGCAGCAACCUAGCAUACAUCUUGAGCUCUGCACUGAAAGUGCGGAGAGUCCCGAUCCCCGGUUACUGGCAAGUCAUACAAGACGCUCGGUCUUCUUUCAGCAGGCAAUUGAGAGGCUUGAAAAGAAGUUCCCUAAGAGUACAUACCUCGAGGUUGGGAGAGGGUCGUCCGUGAUUCAGCUUGCCAAGGGCUGUGUGGCAGAAAGCCACGAACAUUUGUUCUUAUCCCCUCAGCUCAUGACAGCUAAUGCGCUGACUUCACUGGCGGAUACCACCGUUGACCUAUGGAAGGCAGGUUAUGCCGCACAGUACUGGCUUUUCCAUCGCUCUCAAAAGCUAUCACACCAAUUUCUUCGCCUUCCAUCAUAUCAGUUUGGGAAGACUCGCCACUGGCUAGGGUUCAUCACUGGGAGAGGCGAGAAAGGAAUAGUGUCAGAGCCUAGGUCUGAGCGUACACCUGUGACUUAUGAGCUCCUUAACUUCUUGCGAUUUAACGACGACAACAAGAUCAGUGCGGUAUUUCGUAUCGCGCCUCAGAGCGAUCGGUUCCAGUCCAUGCUAAAGGGUCACGUUAUGGGAGGUCAGUCUCUAGCACCAGCCUCAUUGUACUUCGAGGUCGUUUCUCGUGCUGCGUUGUUUCUCCAGUCAGAUAAUUCAGUCACUACUUGGGUACCAGCUGUGCAGGACCUCGUAAUGAAUUCACCGAUUGGCCUUGACACGAAUAAGGAGCUCCUUCUGACUUUGCAACGAACGGAUGAUCCGCAACCUUCUUGGUCAUUCUCGGUUACUACUCAACUACCUCCGAGUCAGACUGGCCGUGUCAGUGCACCAUUUGAGUCAUCCACUGGACGGGUGUAUCUCCAAAGGCGUGAUGACUCCAAAGCUGCCCAGUUGUUCAAACGCCUCGAAACUCUCACCGGGAUUGGCCGCUGCGAGGCGAUAAUGAAUCAUCCGGAUGCCGAAACAAUGGAAGGAAAACAUAUCUACCGCGCUUUCAACCACAUCGUGCACUACGCCGAAAACUUCCGCGGAAUCAAGAAAGUCGCGUGUCUGCGUCUGGAAGCCGCUGGGAAGGUGACGAUCGACGUCGACCCGAGCGAUCCAGUUGACCAGCGCGUCUGCGAUACCCCCAUGACAGACAGCUUUAUGCAAUUCGCUGGAUUCCUGGUGAACUACUUCAACAAUGACAGUCUAGAGGAUGUCCUAGUGUGUUCGAAGAUCUCGCAUAUUGAGAUCGGGGGGAACUUCGAUCCGGAUGCGAAGGAGUGGAUCGUCUAUUCUAAUAUGAGUCAAGGAGGGGAGAGUGAUGCCUCUGCUGAUGUGUAUAUCUUUGAGGCAAAGAGCAAGCAGAUGGUUAUGGCAGCUUUUGGGUUCCGGUUUUCGAAGAUGUCGCAGGCAUUGUUAAUGAGGAUGUUGAAGGGCGUGAACAGAUCCGCGGCUGCUGAAACAUCUAGUAAGCCUGCCAGUUAUCAGAAGUCGGACACAAUUUUGGCUAAGGAACUGGAGCUCCCGAUCGAAGUCUCCCCGUCAUCCAAGCCUUCCAAGGCUGCCAAGAAGCAGCCUAGUAAGCGAGCAGAACUCUUCCAGAUCUUGCACAGUGUUACGGACGUACCUUUGGAGGAUAUGAAAGAUGAAUCGUCUCUGGAAGAUCUUGGAAUCGACUCUCUCAUGGCUACAGAAGUCAUGAACGACAUUCGAGCGACUCUUGGUCUUACAAUUGACCUGGCUAGCUUCCUGUUCUGCCCAGACCUCAAGAGCCUCGUGGGCUAUGUUGAUUCAAAGUUCAACGGCGUCGAUGAGAGCCCCGAGGAAUCCAGCGGCGAAGAAUGGGCCCUAGUCGGUACGUCUACAGAUUGCUCCACGGUGGCUACCCCAGCAGAGUUGAUCGACGAAGAGCUGGCUCCAACUGAGGCAGAACGGAUUCUUAAAUCUGAAGAGUGUGAAAGGAGGAUUCCAUCCAUCAAUUCCGCCCGUGAUUCAUUUAAAGAUAUUCAAUUCGCGUACGAUCAACUCGCGGAGGGGGCAUUGGCUGCCAAUUUUUGGACUGAAGCGUACCCGCAUCAGAGACGGCUCGUUCUUGCAUAUGUGGUUGAAGCAUUCGCGAAGCUCGGGUGUGAUCUCGCGAGACUGAGCCCUGGUGAUGCUGUACCUGUGGUGCCUGCUCUGCAUAGACACAAGAAGCUAGUGCUUCAGUAUCACCGUGUGCUUGAGGAUGGAGAAUUGAUCCGCGCUACGGAAGAUGGCAUCGUUCGAACAGAUGUAUCGGUCAAUCUAACACCCGCUCAAGACAUAUAUCAGCAGACGGUCGACCUCUGGCCGCAACACAAGGUCGUGACGCAGCUUGUGAAGGUUAUUGGAGCAAAACUCGCUGAAUGUCUCAGUGGGGAUAUCGAUGGUCUUCAGUUGAUAUUCGGAGACAGAGCGAACAAGCUACUUCUGGAGGAUAUGUACGAGAAAUGGCCUCUUCUUCAAAUCCCAACAUUACUCCUAGGAGAGUUUCUCAAAACCGCUUUCUCCAACUCGACUGGAGGUGGGAAAUUUCGAAUUCUUGAGAUUGGGGCCGGAACUGGGGGUACGACGAAGCACAUCAUCAAGUACCUUAGAAGUCACGGGAUUCCCUUCGAGUAUGUCUUCACUGACAUCUCAAUGUCGCUAGUUUCAGCUGCGAAGAAGAAGUUCAAGGAUGCCAGGGAAAUGUCCUUCGAGGUUUUGGAUAUCGAGAAAGCCCCAAAACGUGAAUAUGAGAAUACUUUCCAUAUGAUCAUUGCUACGAAUUGUGUUCAUGCAACAAGGAGCUUGAACCAAUCCCUAGUGACCCUUAACAAAAUGGUCCGCGAGGAUGGUGCCGUUGCGCUUGUUGAGAUCACACGAAACAUGUUCUGGCUUGAUAUUGUUGUUGGAUUGUUCGAGGGAUGGUGGCUAUUUGAAGAUAACCGCACGCAUGCUUUGGUGAAUGAGAAACAUUGGGAAAAGGAGAUGAAGGCAGCUGGGUUUAAGGAAGUUCUGUGGACGGAUGGAGAAUCGCUCGAGUCAAAGACCGUCCGCGUGAUUGCUGCUUUCAAAUCACCCCCCGUCGAGACCAAAAAGCCUACGGUGAAGGCAGCUGUUGAAACAGUUGUAUACAAGACUAUUGGUGACACGAAGAUCCAUGCUGAUGUGUACUACCCCCUUAACCCCGUUUCAACAGACAAAAAACUGCCAGUCGCCCUGAUGAUACACGGAGGUAGCCAUAUCAUCUUCUCCCGCAAAGACAUUCGACCAGCUCAGACUCGUCUCUUGCUAGAUAAGGGGUUUCUCCCGGUGAGCUUGGAUCAUCGGCUCUGUCCCGAAGUCAGACUUGUCGAUGGACCUAUGGUCGACAUUUGCGAUGCACUUGAUUGGGCGAGAAACAAACUGCCGUAUAUCACACUCCCAAAUGAGGGGGUCCGGAUUGAUGGUGAGAGAGUUGUCGUCGUGGGAUGGUCGUCUGGGGGACAAUUGGCAAUGUCAUUGGCCUGGACAGCUCCGCAAAGGGGGUUGAGGCCACCAGAGGCAAUCUUGGCAUUUUACUGCCCGACGAACUAUGAAGAUGAGUGGUGGAGAAAUCCCAUCCAGCCUAUCGGCGCAGAAGAUCGGAGAGAGAAAUACGAUCUGUUAGAAGCAAUCCAAGAUCAGCCCAUCACCAACUACGGUGUCGUCGGUGCCUGGGAACCACUAUCGGACCCCCGCAUCCGCACCGACCCUCGAUGUCGCAUCGUUCUGCACAUCAACUGGAAAGCUCAAACACUCCCCAUCAUCAUCGGCGGCCUCCCCAGCAAAAAGAACAGCGCAGGCUAUAACAUCCGCGACUGGGACGCUCUCCCGGAGCCUUCUUUAGAUGAAAUUGUCCGAGUCAGUCCACGCGCCCAGAUCUUGCGGGGCAAAUAUCGUACGCCCACAUUCUUCAUUCAUGGAACGAAUGAUGAUUUGAUCCCUUGGCAACAGUCUCAAGGUACGUAUGAUGCACUUCUGGACGUAGGAGUCCCUGCUGGUUUGGCUUUGGUUGAGGGGGCUCCGCAUAUUUGCGAUCUUAGCAGUAAUCCCGAGUCAGAGGGCUGGAAGGCGGCGAUUCAGGGGUAUGAGUUUAUUAGUAACUAUGUGUGA